UAAAUCAGUGAAAAAAUGUCUCGAGCUGAAAUAGAAAUGGCUCCGACCUUUACGGUCAAACCAAAAAUUCGUGAAGAGGAUGAUGGUAAUCGUUUGGUAUUUGAAUGUGAAUUGAAUGCCAUACCACAACCAGAAAUCGAAUGGUAUAAAGAUAAUGUUUUCAUUCGUAAUGGACAUGAAUUUCGCAUUACAUAUGGCAUUUAUCCCACAACCAAACCACAUCAUUAUAUCGCUACAUUGGAAAUGAAUGAUGUUUAUGAAACCGAUGCUGGAAUGUAUCGAAUUCAUGCGAAAAAUCUGAUGGGCGAAGUAUCCGCUUCUAUCAAGCUCAAUUUUGAUCCUGCCGAUCAACCUAAAUCAAGUGAAAUUGACGGUAUUUCUCCAACAUUCAAAACAAAACCUUGGAUAGCCGAAUUGGAUAAAGAAUUUCGUCGUAUACAUUUUGAAUGUGUUUUAUUAUCCGAACCAAGACCAUCAGUAACCUGGUAUUAUAACGGCGAACUAAUCAAACCAAACGGACGCCAUAAAACUGAAUUAGAAUCCAUACAAAAACAUUUAUAUCGUUCAUUGCUUAUCAUCGAAGAAGUUGUUGUGGAAGAUGCUGGCAAAUAUAAAGUAAUAGCCAAAAACGAUCUAGGCGAAAGUAACGCGACGAUAAGCUUGAAUUUCGACGACGAUUUUAAACCCGAACAAGGUGCUAAACCAACUUUAACCGAAAAACCGUUGCUCAAAAAAGUCGGUAGUGGACAAGUUCAAUUUGAAAUCAGAUUGGUUGCCGAUCCACAGCCACAAAUCGAGUGGUAUCAUAAAGAUAAAUUAAUCAUCAAAUCUGGUCAACUUGAAACGAAGAAAUAUCGUUGUCAGAUACUAACUGAUCGUCAUAAUCAUCUGGUAUCGUUGAUAUUUUUGAAACCGCAAUCAUCGGAUGCGGGACAAUAUCGUUUUGUAGCUCGAAAUCGUUUUGGUCAGGUCGAAACUAACGUUGAUUUACCGUUUGGAUUGGACGGACAACCAAUUGUUUCGAUGGCGGUAGCACCGCGUUUUCCUAAAAAGCCUACGAUUAGGCAAAAAGGUAACAUUCUUAUAUUGGAGUGUGUACUGGAAGCCAAUCCAUAUCCAGAAAUUACCUGGUAUCAUGGUACCAAAGUUAUCAGCGAUGAUAGCCGACAUAAAACAACACGCACCGAAACUGGUGAAAAUAUGUAUGCCCUUGGCCUGGAAAUAAUCAAUCCAACGUUGGAAGAUGGUGGAACUUAUCGUUGUAAUGCAGUGAAUGAUAAAGGUGAAUCGAAUGCAAAUAUUGCGCUGAAUUUUCAAACCGGUGAUGAAGAUGAAAAUAAAGAUGCGCCAACAUUCGUUGGUAAACCACGUAUCAUACCAAAAGAUUCAUCCAUAACGAUGGAAUGUCGUGUUAAAUCCAAAACUAAAAUCACAGCCGAAUGGCUUAAAGGUACGACUGCAGUUGCAGCUUCCACUCGUCAUGUAAUGACCGUCAACAAAGAAAAACCAGAUGAAUAUCUAUGCGUUUUGGACAUUAAAAAUCCUGCCGGCACUGAUGGUGGCACAUAUAAAUGUGUAGUUAAAAAUGAGGCAGGUGAAAUUACUGCCAAUCUAGCAUUGAACAUUGAAGGUGCACCCGAAGAUGAUUCGAUUUAUCCGAAAUUUGUUGAUAAACCCAGGAUAAUUUCGGAAAAAGAUGGUUCACUGAUCAUAAUGGAAUGUCGUGUGAAAGCUCGACCAAAACCUGAUAUCACUUGGUUUCAGGAUGGCCAACAAGUACGAGAAAGUUCUCGUAUUAAACAAACAAUGGUGAAAGAAAAAGAAGAAGACACCUAUUUGAUUCGCAUGGAAAUCAAUGAUGCCGAUAUGGAAGAUUCCGGUAUGUAUAAAUGUACGGUGAAAAAUUCUGCUGGACAAAGUGUUGCAAAUCUGUCGUUAUCGAUUGAAAUCGUCCCGGUUAUAAGUCAACGACCACGUAUUAUACGUCGUGAACAGCAGCAAAAAAUUGUUAUCGAAUGUGCAGUGAAAUCAGCACAAAAACCACAAAUAACAUGGAUUCGGGAAUCAUUGGUAGUGCGAGAAGAUUCUCGACAUCAAAUUGUGGUUCGCGAACAACGUAAGGGUGAAUACGUUAUUGCGCUGGAAAUUGAUGAACCAUCCGAAAAAGAUAAUGGUGCAUAUCGAAUGAAAGCUAAAAAUGAAAAAGGUGAAGUAACCAGUGAAGAUGUUAUCGUCCGAGUUGAUGAUCAGAAAAAGAAAAAAGAAGAGGAAGAAGAAGAAGAAAAGGAAAAACGAGCUUCAAAGAAGGCAAAAAAACAAAUCACUGAACCACGUCUAAUUCGUGGUCUUCGAUCUGAGAAAGUACAAGCAGGUGAAACAUUGGAAUUAUCAUGUGAAUAUGAAUCGGAAGAAGAUGUACAGGUGAUUUGGUAUCGAAAUAAUCGUCAAAUUCAAGAAAAUCAUCGAAUUCGUAUUGUUCAUGAACGACGUUUAAUACGAAUUAUUAUCAAACGAAUUGAAAUAGAAGACGAUGGUGAAUAUCGUGUUGAAAUCAAAAAUUCAGCCGGCAAAACUGAAUCCAGGGGACGUGUGACCGUUGUUCAAGAUCAACCUAUGGAUGAAGAUGAAGAAGAAGAUAAAGAAAAUCGAUUAGGUAAGAAAAAGAUGAAAAAAGAAGAAGAAAAAAUCGAAGACGUCGAAAUGAAAGAUGUUAGCCAAGAUAAACCGGUUGAAGAUAAACCUGUGGAAAAGCGUAAAGAAUCGAUUAAACGUAGAGAUUCGGAAAGUAAAUCGGCAGAUGAACCGAAAACGAAAAAAAUGAUGGCCGAAGAAUCGAAAGAAAAGCCCGUCGAACCGCAAGAAGAAAAACCAAAGAAAAAACUUUCAAUCAAAAAACCUGCUGCUGCUGAGAAACAAGCCGAACCAACGACGGCCGAAGAAGCGGAAAAGCCUAAAAAGAAAUUGUCAAUUAAAAAACCUGCUGCUGCUGAGAAACAAGCCGAACCAGAAAAAGCUAUAGUCGAAGAGCCGAAAGUGGAAGCUAAAAAAGCCGAACCUGUGGCAGUUGAGCCACCGAAGCCAGCCGAAGAGCCAGAAAAACCUAAAAAGAAACUUUCGGUUAAAAAACCUGCAGCAACAGAACAAUCGAAAACUGCUGAAACACCAGCUGAAGAACCGAAAAGACGAUUAUCGGUGAAAAAACCUGCGUCAGCAGCUCCUGAGACUGCUGCAACGCCGGAAACAUCAGCUGAACCGCAAGCCGAACCGGUUAAACGUCGUUUAUCGAUAAAAAAACGUUCAUCAAUAUCAUCGACACCGACAGCAGCCGAUUCUGGUGCUUCUAGUCCGGCAACAACGGCGCCAUCAUCGCCGACAAGUAAAACCGCACCGCCAUCAUCGCUUUCAGCUCCAAGUGAAGAAGCAAAACCUGCAGCAAAACGGCCAUCGAUUAAAAAACCGCCUACACAAGCAUCAAUACCUGAGCAUAAACCGAUCGACGAUAAAGUCGAAGAGGUAAAACGCAAAGAUUCGGUGAAAACUGCAGAAUCUACAGCUGCAGCCGCAAAACCACCAGCUGAAACAACAACGGAAUCCACGAAGAAAAAAUUGUCAAUCAAGAAGAAGACGCCGAAUGGAGAAUUGCCUGCUGCACCUGCCGCAGCUGAUAAACCGCCGGCCGAGACACCGAAAGCGGCAUCGAAAAUGCAGAAAGUACCAUCAAUCGAAAUACAAACUGCAGAAGAAGAGCGACCAAGUCCGGUUAAAAAGAGUUCAGUGCGAGAGGCGGCCCGAAAAUCAUCAUUGGACAGUAAGCCGAAAGUAGUACUAGACGAUAGUGGUAGUGAUAAUAUUAGUCGUAGAGAUAGCGUCGAGAGACGAGAUAGCGUUACCGAAGUGGGAACACCACGUUCAUCACGUCGUCCUUCUAUUGUUAUAGUUGCUGAUGAAAAAGGUUUGGCUGUCGAUGAAACAGGGCAGAUGAAAAAAUUGCGACCAGGUGAAAUGUUGGAAGUUCGUCGCGGAUCGCGCCGUGGUUCCAAUGUACAGGAUUUACGUCGUGGAUCAUCCAUUGAAAUCGAUCGUGCUGAUAAACCAUCAACACCAUUACGUCCGAUGGGUGAUGAAGGACCACCAGUUGUUACGGAUUUUGUCGAGAACGUAACCGCUAUUGAUGGUAAAACUGCAUAUGUUCAGGCUACAGUUGAAGGAAAACCGAUACCGAAAUUUAAAUUUUUCAAAGAUAAUGUUGAAAUAUUUGAAGGUGGUCGUUAUAAAGUGGUUACGGAUGGCGAAACAAAUACGAUUUAUUUUUGCAUUCGAAAAGCUAAACAAGCUGACGAAGGACGGUAUAAAAUUGUUGCCUAUAAUGAACACGGUGAAGAUAGCUGUACGAUAAAAUUGUUUGUUUCGGAUGAAAGUGGAAUGGAUUUUCGUGCUAUGCUUAAAAGUAAACAAUAUGCAAAAUGGGCAGUGGAUAAAGGAGAUCCAGAUUGGGGUGCACUGAAAGCAACCGAAGACGAGCGACGUGCAUCACUUCGAGAUACGAAAAAAGUUGAUGAAUUUAUCGAAAAACUUCAAGAUCAACGGGUAAAAGAAGGUCGUGAUAAACUUGUACGAUUUCAAUGUGUAUUCAGUAAGAAUGGUAUCAAGGCAAAAUGGUUUAAAGGACGACAAGAAUUGUUUGCUGGUCGUAAAUAUAAAAUGACCAGUCAAGGUGAUUUGCACGUUCUCGAAAUUAUUGAUCCACGUGUAGAUGAUAUGGGACAAUAUAAAUGUCAAUGUUUAGAGAAAACAACCACAGCUGCAUUAGAAGUUGAUUAUCCUGAUCCGGUAUUCAAAUUUACACGACCUUUGGCAAAAAAAUAUGAACAAUAUUCGGGUAAAGAAAUUCAAAUGGAAUGUACCACAAGUCACUCAAAAGCCCAAGUUGAAUGGUAUAAAGGAUCACAAAAACUUGAUCGUAAUCAUGAACAUUACCUUAUUGAACGUGAUAUGUAUGGAAAACAUUGGAUCAAAAUUAAACAUUGUCGUGAAGAAGAUACCGCAGACUUUACAUGUAAAAUUGUUAAUACCGAAGAAACAACUACCACCAAAUUGGUUGUUACGGAAAAACUAUAUAUUUUUGUUAAGCCAUUGCUAAGUCAAAAAUGUGUUGAAAAUGAAACCAUCGUUUUGGAAUGCGAAGUGGAUGAUCGGGAUGCUGAAGUUGAAUGGUUCAAAAAUGGUCAAAAAGUAACUCCCGUGGCAAAGAAACUGGAUAUCGUUGCUGAAAAUCGUAAACGUAAACUGGUGAUUAAAAAAGGCAAAGUUAUCGAUGAAGCCCAAUAUACAUGCAAAACUAAUGGUGAUACAACCGAAUGUGAAAUUCUUGUUGAACCUGCCAAUAAAUUUCGUAAAAAACUCCAGGAUAAAACUGUUAUUGAGCGUGAAGAGCUUGUGCUGGAAUUGGAAAUGUUGGAAAAACGUGCCCCAUUAGUUUGGUAUAAAAAUGGUCAGGAAAUGCCACAUAAUGAUCCAAGAUUUCAGAUGAAAUUUGAUGAAAUUACCGGCAAACAACAGCUAAUCAUUAAAAAUACCGUAAUGGAAGAUGAAGGUGAAUAUAUGGCCAAAGCAAAAGAUUGUAAAACAUCAUGCAAAGUGACAGUGUUGGAAGGUGAAAAGAAACCCGAAAUGUCACCCGAUAAAACUGACUUUCAAGGUGAUGUUGGACGUCCACUGACUAUUGAAAUUCCAUAUAAAGUUGCUGGAACUAAACAAUCGGACGUUGUAGCUAAAUUAACUCGAAAUGGUUUGCCUGUAUCGGCAAAAGAUGUGGAAAUAGUGGUGAAAGAAGAUAAAAUUGUCAUUACGUUUAAAAAACCAUCACGUGAUGAUUCGGGCAAAUAUGAUUUCACCUUGUCGAAUUCACAAGGUGAAUCCAAAGUACCGUUGAGUUUUAAUUUUGUCGAUGUUCCCGGACCGCCGGAAGGCCCAUUAGAAGUAAAAGAUCUGUUUCGUGAUCGUUGUAAACUAAGUUGGAAACCACCAAAAGAAUUGGGUGGAUUGCCAUUGCUGCAUUAUGUUGUUGAACGUCAAGAUAUUGGUGUACGUGGUGGUUGGACCGAAGUCGGAACAACUGAAGAUUUGAAAAUCGAUGUCACCGAUUUGGCACAUAAAAAAGAAUAUAAAUUUCGUGUACGUGCUGUGAACAAGAAAGGUGCUUCGGAACCGUUGAAUUCAUUGAAAAAUAUCAUAGCCAAAGAUCCAUAUGAUGAACCAUCCAAAGUACAGGAUUGUGAAUUAGUUGAUUGGGAUAAAGAACAUGUCGAUUUAAAAUGGAAACCGCCAGAAAAAGAUGGUGGUUCACCAAUUGAAAAAUAUAUUAUCGAAAUGAAAGAUAAAUUUCAAUCGGAAUGGGUUCAAGCAACAGAAGUUCCCGGUGAUAAAUUGAAAGGAAAAAUUUGCGUACCGACAAUCAAAGAAGGAAAUCAAUAUCAAUUUCGUGUACGUGCUGUUAACCUGGCUGGCCCAGGUGAACCAAGCGAUCCGACUAAACCGGUUAUAAUCAAAGAUCGAUUUGUUAAGCCAUUCAUUGUUGGCGAUGGACUUAAGAAUAUUGUCGUGAAAAAAGGUGCCAACAUUAAAUAUGAUAUUCAAUUCAAAGGUGAACCACCACCGGAAGUUGUUUGGGAUGUUAACGAUAUUGAAUUGAAACAAUCUUCACGUGUUUCCAUUGAAAAUACUGAGAAAACAACAUUGUUGAUCAUUAAACAAGCAGUACGUGGUGAUUCGGGUAAAUUUCGUCUGACAUUAACCAAUUCUUCGGGUCAAUGUCAAUCAGUGGCUGAUGUUGUUGUAUUGGAUAAACCAUCAAUGCCACAAGGACCAUUGAUUGUCGAAGAUAUACACGCUGAACAUUGUAAACUGAAAUGGAAAGAACCAAAAGAUAAUGGCGGUACUGAUCUGAAAGGUUAUCUGAUUGAAAAACAAGAUGUUGAUAGUGGUCGUUGGAUACCGAUUGCUGAAGUCGGCCCUAAUGUUAAGGAUUAUAAAUGUGAAGGUCUGACGAAAGGGAAAAAAUAUAAAUUCCGUGUCAAAGCAGUGAAUAAGGAAGGAGAAUCUGAUCCGCUGGAAACAUUGGCACCAAUUUUGGCUAAAAAUCCUUAUGAUGAGCCUGGUCCACCAGGUAAACCCGAAAUUGUCGAUUAUGAUAAUACAAAAGUAGAUUUGAAAUGGACACCACCACAAAAUGAUGGUGGACGACCGGUAGAAAAAUACAUUGUCGAAAUGAAAGAGAAAAAUGCACAAGAUUGGCGCCAAGUUGUUGUAACUGAAGGACCAACGCCUGAAGCAACUGUACACAGAUUAAAACAGAACAGUGUUGUACAAUUUCGUGUACGUGCCAUCAAUUUGGCUGGUAAUGGUGAACCAAGUGAACCGACUGAACCUCACCUGGUUAAACAUCGUAAUCUAAAACCCCAAAUUGAUCGAACCAAUUUGAAAAAUUUAACCGUAAAAGCUGGACGUUCACAUAAAUUCGAAGUGGAUGUUAUUGGUGAGCCAGCACCGGAAAUUCGAUGGACAUUCAAAGAUGAACGUCUGAAUGAUUCGGAAAAUGUUAAAAUCGAUACGAAAGAAUAUCAUACGGAUUUGCAAUUGAUAAAAAUGCAACGAAAACAAACGGGCCGCUAUACGAUUACGGCUACAAAUCGCAAUGGUACAGAUUCGGUUACGGUCGAAGUUAAUGUUCUGUCGGCACCAGGUAAACCUGAAGGUCCACUGGAAGUAGAAGAUGUCCAUAAAGAAGGUUGUAAAUUGAAAUGGAAAAAACCUAAAGAUGAUGGUGGUGUACCGAUUGAUCAUUAUCAGGUGGAAAAAAUGGAUAAAGAAACUGGCCGCUGGACCCGAGUUGGAAAAACAUCGGCAUCAAAACCCGAGAUCGAGGUAACCGGUCUAACACCGGGUCAUGAAUAUCAAUUUCGUGUUGUAGCCGUAAAUGAUGAAGGCGAAAGUGAACCAUUGAUUACUGAUCGUGGAACAGUAGCAAGAAAUCCUUACGAUGAGCCAGGUAAACCUGGAACACCGGAAAUUGUUGACUAUGAUAACACUAGUGUUGAUUUAAAGUGGGAACCACCAAAAAAAGAUGGUGGCUCCCCCAUAUUGAAAUAUAUUAUCGAAAAAAAAGAAAAAACUGCCUUACAAUGGGAAAAAGCUGCUGAAGUUCCUGGUACACAACUGGAAGGUAAAGUUGCCGAUCUAAUCGAAAGACAAGAAAUGCAAUUCCGAGUGGUUGCUGUUAAUAAAGCUGGUCCAGGCGAACCUAGUGAUGCUACCAAAAUGCAUACGGUUAAAUUUCGUCGCCUUAAGCCAUACAUUGAUCGUACCAAUUUGGAGGAAGUCCUAACGAUCAAACGUGGUAAACAAUUGAAAUUAGAUGUUAAUGUACGUGGUGAACCACCACCGAAAAUCACAUGGAAACUGGCCGAAAAAGUGAUUGCUAAUGAUCAACAUUAUGAUAUUGUCAAUGUUGAUUAUAAUACCAAAUUUACCAUUAAUGAUUGUCAACGAUUGCAUACCGGGACUUAUAUGAUCAUUGCCGAAAAUGAAGUUGGCCGAGAUCAGGCACAGGUAGAAAUCUGUGUGUUAGCAGCACCGUCAAGACCAAAAGGACCAUUGAAGGUAGAAAAUGUAACUGCAAAAAGUGCCGAUGUAAAAUGGCAAAAACCUGAAGAUGAUGGUGGUAAACCAAUCAAAGGUUAUUUGAUUGAAAAAUUAGAUCCAAACACUGGCCAAUGGGUACCGGCCGGAAAAGCGGAUAAAGAUGCCACCGAUUUUACAGUUACCGGAUUGCAAAAAGGAAAACAAUAUAAAUUCCGAGUGAAAGCAUUGAACGAUGAAGGUGAAUCUGAACCGUUGGUCUGUACCGAACCUAUCAUUGCUAAAGAUCCAUAUGAGCUGGCCGAUGCACCUGGUCAACCUAAAAUCGAAGAUUGGGAUGAAAAACGUGUCGAUUUGAAAUGGACGCCACCUAAAAACGAUGGUGGUGCACCAAUCACUGGUUAUGUUGUUGAAAUGAAAGAUAAAAAUAGUACACAAUGGAUUCCAGUACUGGAAACUAAUUCACCAGCACCACAAGCAACAGUAGAAGGAUUGACCAAAGGUAAACAGGUUCAAUUCCGUAUAAAAGCUAAAAACAAAGCUGGCGAAUCAGAACCCUCACAACCAUCCUCGAUGCAUACAGUCAAAGAGCGCCAUCUGGCACCGAAAAUUAAUCGUGAUACAUUAAAACCGAUAACAAUUCGAUCUGGUGGUAUGGCCAAAUUGGAUGUUGAAAUUAGUGGCGAACCACCACCGGCAAUAACAUGGACAUUUGAUGGAAAGAAAUUAUUCGAUGAUAUUAAUACCAAAAUUGAUAAUCCGGAUUAUGAAUCACAUCUACAGAUUCGUAAUAUGACCCGGGCACAAAGUGGUAAAUAUAAAAUUAUGGCUGAAAAUGAAUCUGGAAAAGAUGAAGCAGAAGUGGAAAUUAAGGUUCUGGAUCGCCCAUCAAAACCAGAAGGCCCAUUGGAUGUUAGUGAUGUUCAUGCUGAAGGAUGUAAACUGCAAUGGCGCCCACCUAAAGAUGAUGGUGGUGUUCCCAUUGAAACAUAUGUUGUUGAAAAGAAAGAUAGCCAAACUGGACGUUGGGUUCCUUGUGCUAAAGUUGGCCCAGAUGAAACUGAAUGCAAAGUUACCGGUUUAGACAUGGGUAAAAAAUACGAAUUUCGUGUCAAAGCAGUCAAUCCGGAAGGUGAUUCGGAUUAUUUGGAUACUGAUCGUUCAACAUUGGCAAAAAAUCCAUAUGAAGAACCUGGGCAGCCAGGUAUGCCAUCGAUUGAAGAUUGGGAUAAAAAUUGGGCGGAUUUAAAAUGGGAGCCACCAAUUCGUGAUGGUGGUGCACCAAUUACCGGUUAUAUCAUCGAAAAGAAAGAUAAAUAUAGUCCAGAUUGGACACAAGCUGCCAUUAUUGAUGGAAAUAUUUGUCAAGGCAAAGUGAAAGGACUGCAUGAAGGUGACCGCUAUGAAUUUCGUGUUCGUGCUGUUAAUAAAGCUGGCCCGGGCAUUCCAUCCGAGUCAGUUGGCCCACAUUUGGCCAAAACACGUUGGUUAAAACCACAAAUUGAUCGAACAAAUAUGAAAACUGUAACGGUUAAAGUCGGUCAGAUGGUGAUGUUGGAUGUAAAUGUGAUCGGUGAACCAGCACCAAAAACUGUCUGGAAAUUAAAUGAUAAAGAAUUGACCACCGACGAAAUCUACAAUAUCGAUAAUAUCGAUUAUAAUACCAAAUUCACCAUAAAUCGUGCUACGCGGAAAAUACGUGGAGUGUACACAUUGACUGCUACGAAUGAAGUUGGUGAAGAUCAAGCCGAAGUAGAGAUUAAAGUUUUAGGAAAACCAUCCAAACCUCAAGGACCAUUAGAAGUGUCGGAUGUGCAUAAAGAAGGAUGCCAAUUGAAAUGGCGUCCACCCGAAGAUGAUGGUGGAUGUCCAAUCGAAUGUUAUGAAGUUGAAAAAAUGGAUGAAGAAACUGGUAGAUGGGUUCCAUGUGGUAAAACAACUGGCGGACCUAAUGAUACCAAAUUGCAGGUGAAUAAUCUGGUUCCGGGUAAAAAAUAUAAAUUCCGUGUUCGUGCCUGUAACAAAGAAGGCGAUUCCGAAGAAUUGGAAACUGAUCAGGCAACAUUGGCCAAGAAUCCAUUCGAUGAACCGGAUAAACCGGGAAGGCCAGAACCAGUUGAUUGGGAUUCUGAUCAUGUUGAUUUGAAAUGGACGCCACCUGCCAAUGAUGGUGGGGCACCGAUUGAAAAAUAUUCAGUGGAAAAACGUAAAAAAGGAACACAUAAAUGGCUGAAAGCUAAAGAAACUAAAGGACCCGAGCCAUCAGUUACGGUAGAUGGAUUGGAAGAAGGUGAAGAAUAUGAAUUCCGAGUUAUCGCACAUAAUAAAGCCGGUCCAAGUGAACCAAGUGAUCCAUCACGAACGGUUAUAGCUAAACCACGAAAACUAGCACCAAUUAUUGAUCGAACUAACUUGAAAAACAUCAAAAUUCGAGCCGGACAACCAGUAAAAUUUGAUGUGGAUGUUAAAGGUGAACCCGAACCAACAAUAGAAUGGUCAUUUAAAGAUGAUAAGAUUAAAUCCGAUGAUCAUUACAAAAUCGAUAAUGAACCAUAUCAUACAUUGUUUUUGUUGGUCAAUUCAAAACGCUCCGAUACGGGCGUCUAUCGAAUUCUCGCCAAAAAUGAACAUGGCACGGAUGAAGCUGAAGUCGAAAUCCAGGUCACAUCAAAACCAUCCAAACCAAAAGGACCGUUAGAUGUCUCUGAUGUUCAUGCUGAAGGAUGUAAAUUGAAAUGGUCACCACCGGAAGAUGAUGGUGGUGAACCAAUACUUAAUUAUCAGAUUGAAAAACAAGAUGCUGAAACUGGUCGUUGGGUACCAGUAUGUACUUCACGCGAACCUGAGGCAGAAAUUACCGGUUUGAUUCCUGGUCAUGAAUAUAAAUUCCGUGUUAAAGCAGUGAAUGCAGAAGGCGAUUCUGAACCAUUAGAAACGGAUCAUUCAAUUUUAGCCAAAAAUCCCUUCACUGAACCGGAUAAACCGGGUAAACCACAAAUAGCCGAUUGGGAUCGUCAUCAUGUUGAUUUGAAAUGGGCGGCACCAGAAAAUGAUGGUGGCGCUCCUAUUACCGGUUAUAUUAUUGAAAAGAAGGAAAAAACGGGUAAAACUUGGAGCAAAGCUUUGGUAGUUGAUGGUCCAAUAACUGAAGCUCGUGUACCCGAUCUGAUCGAAGGUUUGGAUUAUCAAUUCCGAGUCAAAGCAGUGAAUAAAGCCGGUCCAAGUAAUCCGAGUGAUUCGAGUGAAGUUGUCACCACUAAACCACGACAUUUAUUACCGAAAAUCGAAAAGAUUCGUGACAUAACCGUACGGGCAGGCCAGCCAAUUAAACUAGAUGCCAAAGUGAUUGGUGAGCCACCGCCGAAAACCGUAUGGUAUCGUGGCACCGACGAUGAUAAACCACUAUCGUCUGGCAAAGAUCUUAAAAUUGAAAACGAACCAUAUCGAACCCGAUUAAUGGUACCGAAUGCAAAACGUUCGGAUAAUGGUGUGUAUCGAUUGGUAGCAUCAAAUCCUUCGGGUUCGGAUGAAGCCGAAAUUAAGGUAACAGUGCUGGAUAAACCUGGUGAACCGGAAGGUCCGCUAGAAGUUGCCGAUGUUCAUGCUGAAGGAUGUAAAUUGAAAUGGAAACCACCGAAAGAUGAUGGUGGUCUUCCCAUUGAAACUUAUGUGGUUGAAAAACAAGACCAGGCAACAGGAAAAUGGGUGCCAGUUUGUCAAACCCAAAUACCAGAAGUAAAUGUAUCGAAUUUGGAACCUGGCCACGAAUAUAAAUUCCGUGUAAAAGCAGUUAAUCCAGAAGGGGAAUCCGAACCAUUAGUUACAAUGGAGACGAUAGUGGCGAAAAAUCCAUUCGAUCCACCAGGAGCACCGGGCACACCUCAAGUAACCGAUGUUGAUAAAAAUCAUGUUGAUCUUAAAUGGGAGCCACCAGCCAAAGAUGGUGGUGCACCAAUUACCGGUUAUGUUAUCGAGAAAAAAGAAAAAGGCAGUGAUAAAUGGGUUAAAGCUUGUCAGGUGCUAGGUGGUGAUGAAACCAAAGCCCGUGUUCCAGAUCUAGAAACCGGUCAUGAAUAUCAAUUCCGUGUAAAAGCUGUGAAUAAAGCCGGUCCAGGUGCACCAAGUGAUGAAUCCAAAAUGACAUUGGUCAAACAUAAAAAAUUACCACCAAAAAUUGAUCGGAAAAAUCUUCGGCCUAUCAAAAUCAAAGUCGGACAGGAAUUUAUAUUCGAUGCUGAUGUUAUUGGUGAACCUGUACCAGAAGUGGAAUGGAAACUCAAAGAUAAAUUGGUUACCGAUAAAGCAAAUUUGACCAUAGUCAACAAACCUUAUCAUACGCGAUUGGAAUGUGAUAAAGCUACUCGCAAAGAUUCUGGUGUUUAUCAUGUUAUCGCUACCAACAAAUGGGGUCAAGAUCAGGUGGAUAUUGAUGUGAAAAUAGUCGGAAAACCAUCUCAACCUAAAGGACCACUGGAAGUCGAUGAUAUUCGUAAAGAUGGUUGUCAUCUGAAAUGGGAACGACCAGAUGAUGAUGGUGGCGAGCCAUUGGAAGGAUAUUUGGUUGAAAAAUUGGAUCCUGAAACUGGAUCAUGGAUACCUGUAGGAAAAACAUUGAUACCUGAAAUGAAUGUCAGCAAUUUAAUGCCCGGAAAACAAUAUUCAUUCCGUGUAAAAGCAUUGAAUAAAGAAGGCGAAUCUGAACCGUUGGAAACAUUGACGCCAAUCAUUGCAAAAGACCCAUACGAAGCGCCCGGGCAACCAGGUCGACCAGAACCAGUUGAUUGGAAUAAAGAUCAUGUUGAUUUGAAGUGGGAACCACCAGCUAAUGAUGGCGGUGCACCGAUUGAAUCCUACAUUAUCGAACGACGCGAGCGUGGUUCACCACGAUGGAUAAAAUCUGCCGAAGUACCUGGUGAUCAAACACGUGGUACAGCCCCGAAUUUGGAAGAAGGUAAAGAAUAUGAAUUCCGUGUGACAGCUGUCAAUAAAGCCGGGCCAGGUGAACCAUCUGAAGCAUCCAAAUCUGUAGUGGCAAAACCUCGAUUCCUUGCACCACGAAUUGAUCGCAGUGCAUUCAAAGAUAUACAAUUAAGUGCCGGGCAGAAAAUAUUCUUCGAUGUUCCGGUUAUUGGUGAACCUGCUCCAGAAAUCACCUGGACAAUUAAUGGCCGUACAAUGCCUGCUGAAGGUGAUCAACAUCAUAAAAUUGAUACCGAAGAUUAUAAUACCAAAUUGACGGCUAGAAAUGCUUCGAGAGGAGAUUCUGGUGCCUAUACCAUAACGGCAAUCAAUAGUUCGGGUAGAGAUCAGGUUACUGUGCAGGUAUUGAUAACGGAUAAACCAUCACCGCCUGAAGGUCCAUUAGAUGUGAAAGAUGUUCAUAAAGAAGGUUGUAAACUUGGUUGGAAUAAACCUAAAGAUGAUGGCGGUAUACCAUUGGAAGGAUAUCUAGUUGAAAAAAUGGAUACAGAUUCGGGAUUAUGGGUACCUAUUGGUAAAACUAAAGCUACUAAUAUGGAAGUAACGGGACUGGUACCGGGCCACGAAUAUAAAUUCCGUGUAUCGGCUGUAAAUAAAGAAGGUGAAAGUGAACCGCUGGAAACAUUGAAACCGAUUCUGGCAAAGAAUCUGUUCGAUGAACCUGGACCAACUGGCAAACCACAGGUAACUGAUUGGGAUAAAGAUCAUGCUGAUUUGCAAUGGGAGCCACCGGCAAGCGAUGGCGGUGCACCAAUUGAAAAGUACAUAAUCGAAAAACGUGAUAAACAUGGUGAUUGGGAAAAGGCUACUGAAGUUGCUGGUGGUGCUAAUUCGGCUACGGUUGAAGAUCUAAUCGAAGGACAUUCAUACGAAUUCCGUGUUGUGGCCGUCAAUAAAGCCGGUCCUGGCGAACCAUCCGAACCAUCCGAUAUGAUUGUUGCUAAAACCAGACGUCUGCCACCUAAAAUAGAUCGUACAAAUUUGCAAAAAAUUAAACUGAAAGCAGGACAGGCAUUUAAUUUUGAUGUAAAUGUUCAAGGUGAACCUGCUCCAGAAACAGAAUGGCGUCUAAAAGAUCAACCAGUUCGAACGAGUGGUAAUGUUAAAGUACAACACGAACCAUACAAUACUAAAUUGGUUGUGCGCCAGGCAACACGUGCACAAUCCGGUAUCUACACUGUAAAAGCAACAAACAAAUAUGGUGAAGAUCAAGCCGAAGUUGAAGUUAUUGUGUUGGAUCGUCCCGCUCCACCUGGUGGUCCUCUUCGUAUUGAAGAUGUUCAUGCAGAAGGUGCUACACUAAAAUGGCGUCCACCUGAUGAUGAUGGUGGCUUACCUGUUGAUCAUUAUGUUGUGGAAAAAAUGGAUCCUACCACAGGUAUUUGGACACCGGCAGCUGAAACUAUUGGUGCUGAAACUGGCGUCGAUGUAAAAGGUUUAACACCUGGAAAGAAAUAUAAAUUCCGUGUUAAAGCUGUCAAUCGACAAGGUCAAUCGGAUCCAUUGAAUGCAGACAAAGAAAUUAUUGCUAAAAAUCCAUUCGAUGCGCCUGGACAACCAGGUAAACCGGAAAUUGCCGAUUAUGAUAAAGAUUUUGUGCAAUUGAAAUGGAAAAAGCCAGAAUCAGAUGGUGGUGCACCAAUUACCGGUUAUAUUAUCGAAAAGAAGGAUAAAUAUAGUCCAGAUUGGGUGCCAGCAGCAGAAAUCGAUGGUGAUGUUACUACCGGUCGAGUAGACGAUUUAAUCGAAGGACAGCAAUAUGAAUUCCGUGUUCGUGCCGUUAAUAAAGGUGGUCCGGGUGAAGCUUCGGAAUCGACUGGGCCACAUUUGGCAAGGCCGAAAAAUGCACCACCAAAAAUCGAUCGAAAUUAUAUGCGUGAUAUUCGUGUUAAAGCGGGUAAAAAUGUUGAACUAGAAGUACCAGUUUCGGGUGAACCGCCACCCACUAAAAAAUGGACCGUAGAUGGUCAACCAGCACCAGUGGAUCGUUGGGUAAUCACCGGUGAAGAUUAUAAAACGCAUUUACAAAUCAAAUCAGCCGAACGUAAAGAUAGUGGUCAAUUGACGUUGACAGCUACCAAUAUUAACGGUACAGAUACGGCGACGAUUACGUUGACCGUUUUGGAUCGACCUGGCGUACCAGAAUCAAUGCGCAUUAAUAACGUAACCAAAGAUGGUUGUUUUGUUACAUGGCAACCUCCGAAAGAUGAUGGUGGAUCCGAUAUUCAACACUAUGUUGUGGAAAAACGUGAUAUGGAAACUGGCCGUUGGACAAUGGCCGGUGAAUCAACAUCACCUUCAUUGCGUGUUGAUAAAUUGAUCGAAGGCCGCGAAUAUUCAUUCCGUGUAAAAGCAAUAAAUCGUGAAGGUGAAUCAGAUUGGUUGACUGGUAAGGAAUCGAUAAUCGCCAAGAAUCCAUUCGAUGUUGCCAGCAAACCAAUGGCACCACAAGUUGUUGAUGUUGAUGCUGAUCAUGUUGAUCUAGAAUUUCGUCCACCGCGUAAUGAUGGUGGUACGCCAAUUACCGAAUACAUUAUCGAAAAGAAGCCAAAAAAAUCACCAUUUUGGCAAGAAGCGAUUCGUGUCCCGGCUACAAAGCCAAAAGGAAGCGGAGAAGAUGAGGCGGCUGCUGCUUCGGCUGCCAUACGAGCUACUGUACCUGAUCUAAUCGAAGGUGAAGAAUAUGAAUUCCGUGUAAUUGCCGUCAACAAAGCCGGACCAAGUGAUCCAAGUGACGCAUCUGAAGCGGUUGUUUGCCGGCCAACUAAAGUACCGCCAUCAAUCGAUUUGGACGCUAUGAAAGAUAUUCGCAUACGUGUGGGACGGGCAAUUAAUUUUACCGUACCAUAUAGCGGAACACCAUCACCAAAAGCAACGUGGACUAUUAAAGGUCAAGAUGUACAACCAGGUGAAGAUAAACGAGUGGAAUGUGAAAAUAUAGCCUCAUCGGCCAUCAUCAACAUACCAAAUUCGGUUCGAGAAGAUUCUGGACAAUAUAAACUGACGCUAAAAAAUCCAUAUGGGGAAUGUUUUGCAUCGGCUAAAGUUACCGUUUUGGAUCGACCAUCACCACCAGAAGGUCCAUUGGAAAUUUCCGAAGUUACAAAAGAAUCCUGUAAACUUAAAUGGCGUCGACCAAAAGACGAUGGUGGUUCGGAAAUCAUACGUUAUCAAUUGGAAAAAAUGGAUGUUUCACGUGGUUCAUGGACUGAAUGUGGAUCAUCCACUGACCUAACGUUUAAAGUAACGAAAUUGAUUCAUAAAAAACAAUAUCAAUUCAGAGUGAUGGCUGUCAAUGAAAUUGGUGAAUCCGAACCAUUGGAAGGAACGGAUAUUAUUACGGCGAAAAAUCCAUUCGAUGUUGCUGAACAACCAGGACGACCAGUGGUCAAAGAUUGGGGACCAAAUCAUGUUGAUCUGGAAUGGACUGCGCCAUUGGAUGAUGGUGGUUGUCCAAUCACUGGUUACGUAAUUCAGAAAAAAGAAAAAAAUAGUCCAUUCUGGACGAAAGCUGCCAAUGUGCCGGGCAAUCAAACAAAAGCUACAGUACCUGAUCUUCGUGAAGGUGUUGAUUAUGAAUUCCGUGUGAUUGCCGUUAAUAAGCAAGGUGAUUCAGAACCAAGUGAACCAAGUGAUAUGGUUACAUGUAAACAUCGAAACUUGGCACCCAAAAUCCUAACACCGUUGAAAGAAAUUCGAUUAAAACAUGGCCAGAAAUUAGAAGUGACCAUAGAUUUUGUUGGUGCACCACCACCCACAGUUGAAUGGAUUGAUGCAAAAUCCGGUAAACCUGUGGAAUCAAAUCAACGACUAACCGUUUCGAAUUUUGAUGAUAAAACUAUAUUGACCAUAGUGGAUACAAAACGUUCAGAUAGUGGUGAUUAUAAAUUGAAACUGACCAACGUGAAUGGCAAUUGUGAAGGUAUAUUACCGGUGGUCAUUAUGGAUAAACCAUCACCACCAGAAGGACCAUUAGAAGUGAAAAAUAUUGAUGCAGAUAAUGUUGAUUUGAAAUGGCGUCCACCAAAAGAUGAUGGUGGUUGUCCACUGACAGGAUAUUUGAUUGAAAAACGGGAUAAAACAACUGGUGGUCAAUGGGUACCUGCGGUUAUUAAUGUUCCGGCUACAGCGACUGAAGCAAAUGUGGGAAAAUUGAUCGAAGGUCAUGAAUAUGAAUUCCGUAUAAUGGCUGAAAAUUCGGAAGGUUUGUCCGAACCACUUAAAACCGAUCGGCCGGUAAAAGCUCGAGCUCAAUUUAGUCGGCCAGAUGCACCUGGACAACCGGAAUUGGUUGAUUCAGAUCGAACAUUCAUAACAAUAAAAUGGCCACCACCAAGAUCAGAUGGUGGAUCGCCAAUCACUGGUUAUGAUGUUGAACGUCGUGAUGUCAAAUCUGGUCGUUGGAUUAAAGUGAAUAAAUUCCCAGUUACAGGAGAACGUUGUUAUACUGAUGAUCAAGUUACUGAUGGUCAUCAAUAUGAAUAUCGUGUUCGUGCUAUUAAUCGUGCUGGACCAAGUGAACCAAGCAUACCAUCCAAACAGCUGACAGCUAAACCGUUGAAAGAAGCACCACGUUUGGAUCUAAGUGGAUUACGCGGUAAAACAAUUCGUGUACGUGCAGGUGAUCCAUUGGAAAUUGUCAUACCAAUGAAUGGUGCACCAACACCCGUGGUAGAAUGGCAAAUCAAUGGACAACCAAUGAAACCAACUAAUCGUAUUGAAACUGCAACUAAAGAUGAAUUGACAUGGUUGAAAAUCCCAGUUUCACAACGCACUGAUUCGGGAACUUAUAAAAUUACGGCUAAAAAUCCUUAUGGUGAAGAUUCGGCAAAUAUCGAAGUUUUGGUUUAUUCAGCACCAUCUGCACCACGUGGUCCGCUGGAACAUUCAAACAUAACAGCACAAUCAGUUGAACUGACAUGGCGUAAACCUGAAGAUGAUGGUGGUGCCGAAAUCAUUGGAUAUUCCGUUGAAAAAUGUCAAUUUGGUAGUGAUGUAUGGCUGCCGGCUGGUUAUUCAUCGGCAACAACAUUAACGGUAAAAAAUUUGGAUGAAGGACGACAAUAUAAAUUCCGUGUACGGGCAGAAAAUAUGCAUGGUCUUUCAGAACCACUGGAAAGUGCCAAACCUAUUACAGCCAAAAAUCAAUUCGAUACACCUGAUGCACCUGGUCAACCACAAAUCCUAGAUUAUGGACCGACAUUUGCACAGCUGAAAUGGACACCGCCAUUAUCCGAUGGUGGACGUCCAAUUCAAGGUUAUUUGGUGGAAAAACGUGAAAAAAACCAAACCGAUUGGACAACAGUGAACAUGAUGAAUCCAUCACCGGGUACUGAAUUUACUGUCAACAAUCUGAUUGAAGGUCGAUCAUAUGAAUUCCGUGUUAUAGCUGUGAAUGAAGGUGGUAAAGGUAAACCAUCAAAACCUUCGGCUAUGAUGACAGCACGUGAUCGAAAAUAUCCACCUGAUGCACCAGAUAUGCCACGUGUCGAUAAAAUUACUAAAGAUUCUGUAACGCUAACAUGGCGUAAACCAAUCAAUGAUGGUGGAUCGAAAAUUACCGGCUACAUUGUUCAAAAACGACCGAAAAACGGUAAAGAUUGGAUGAAUGCAACGAAAUUUCCAUGUUCGGAUACACGAUUUACCGUUGCCGAUUUGACUGAAGGUGAUGAAUAUGAAUUCCGCAUAAUAGCGGUAAAUGAUCAAGGUGAAUCACCACCAAGUAAACCAUGUCCGAUGGUUCGUGUUGAAGAACAACCAAAUAAACCUUGCAUCGAUGUUGGUUCGGUUAAAGAUAUUACCGUAAAAGCUGGUCAAGAUUUUUGUAUCGAUAUUCCAUUCACUGGUUUUCCACGUCCAUCGGCAACAUGGUCUUUGAAUGAUAUGGAAAUUCUCGAUACAGAUGCACGUUUCACUUUCGGUCUAACCGAUACGAAUGCAACACUUAGCUGUCGAGGCGCAAAACGAGAAUAUACUGGCCGUUAUACAAUAAUGUUGAAAAAUCCUUCUGGUUUUGAUACCUGUACAUGCAAUGUUCGUGUGUUGGAUCGUCCACGUCCACCAAUAAAUUUCCAUUGUGAUGAAGUGGACGGGGAAUCAUUAACAUUGAAAUGGUCACCACCAAAAGAUAAUGGUGGUGAUGAAAUUACCAAUUACGUUCUCGAAAAACGUGAAGCCGGAACCAACGUUUGGACCAAAGUUAGCAGUUUUGUACAUGGAACUGCAUUCAGGGUUAAAAAUCUUACCAUUGGACGAUCAUAUGAUUUCCGUGUGGCCGCUGAAAAUCAAUACGGGGUGUCAGAUUUUACCAUGACUGAUGAACCGAUUCAAGCUCGUUACGCAUUUUCAACACCAGGACGACCAGGUACACCAAGAGCUGUUGAUUCAACACCCGAUUCAAUAACGCUAACUUGGACACGGCCGAGAAAUGAUGGUGGAUCACCAAUUACAGGUUAUGUUCUGGAAAAACGUAAAGUAGGCGAUACACAAUGGUCAAAAGCAACUGGUGCCAUUAAUCAGAUUACGGAAACAACAUUUAAAGUACAAAAUUUACAACCAAACCAAGAAUAUGAAUUUCGUGUUGCUGCUGUUAAUCUAGCUGGUCGUGGUGAUUAUAGUGAUACAAGUGACCGUAUUCGCGCACAAUAUCCACCAUCACCACCCAAAAUUCCAGCCGAUUUCCGUCUGAAGGAUAUUGUUGUCCGUGCUGGUCAAGAAUUCCGUUUGACAGUACCGUUAGCAGUUGGUUCUCCAAUACCAAAUGCAGAAUGGUUUUAUAAUGAACAACUAAUCUUACCAGAUGAGCGAAUGUAUUCGGAAACAAAUGCAGAAUUUACCGUUUUAUUGAAUAAAAAAUCCAAACGUAAUGAUAGUGGACGAUAUACAUUACGCCUAACAAAUUCUGAAGGUAGUGAUUCAACAUCAUGUCGUGUAUUGGUUGUUGAUGUUCCUGGACCACCACAAGGACCGCUAGAAUGUUCUGAUAUAACAACAGAAUCAUUGUCGAUUCGUUGGUCACCACCAUUAGAUGAUGGUGGUUCACCUGUAACCAAUUAUGUUUUGGAACGUCAAGAUCAACAGGAUAAACAAAAACAAUGGAUUCGAUGUUCGGCAUUCAUUCGAAAUUGUCAUUUCGAAGUAAUGGGAUUGGAAGCCAAUCACCUAUAUCAUUUCCGUGUUUGUGCUGAAAAUCAAUAUGGCCAAGGUGAAACAAUUCAAACGGAUAAACCAGUGAAAGCUUGUUAUCCAUUUACCGUACCAGAUCCACCCGGUAAACCAACCGUAAUGGAUACUGAACGUAAUAAAGUGCGUCUAUCAUGGGAAAGACCUUUGCAUGAUGGUGGAUCCAAAAUUCAAGGUUAUUCUGUGGAAUUUAUGGAUCCAAGCGAUGGCGAAUGGAUGGUCGCUAAUAUGGAAUUGAUUAAAGGAACAACCACAUAUACAGUUACCGGUUUGAUCAACGACCGAGAAUAUAAAUUCCGUGUCAAGGCAAAAAAUUUGGCCGGUUAUUCACGGCCAAGUCCCGAUUCUGGUUUGGUAUCGAUGCGUGCUGGUAGCGGUGUACCUUCGGCACCACGUGAUUUACGUGUGCAAAAAGUUGGUCGCAAUUAUGUUGAUUUGAAAUGGGAACCACCACGUUCAGAAGGUGGAUCUCGAAUUACCGGUUAUCUGGUUGAACGAAAAGAAGUCGGCGGCGGACAACAUUGGUUCAAAGUUAAUGAAUAUGGUUGUCUUGAUUGUCAAUAUACGGUUUUGAAUUUACCUGAACAUUCGGAAUAUGAAUUCCGGGUUUCGGCUAUCAAUGCAGCUGGACAAUCCGAACCAGUUUACACUACAUCACCGGUUAAAAUUGAAGAAUUCGCUGAAGGUUCUAGGCCAGAAUUUGUACGAAAACUGAUACCGAAAAGUAUAAAUCUUCAUACGGAAAUAACAUUUGAAUGUGAAGCAACUGGCCGACCAUUACCAACUGCACGUUGGUUUAAAAAUGGCCGUGAAAUUAGCGCCGGUUUUGGUGGUGGACGUUAUAAAACUUAUGAAACUGAUGAAGGUGUUUUCAAACUGGUCAUUUUCGAUGUUCAAGAAGGUGAUGAUGGGGAAUAUCAAUGUGAAGCAUCCAAUGCAUAUGGUUCAGUUCGAACAAUGGCACCAUUGAAAUUGGCUGAGGCACCGGAAAUUUUAAGAUGUCCAAAUGAAAUCAACCUAGUCGAAAAUGAUAAUGGAAAAAUUAAGAUAUUCUUCUCGGGUACUGUUCCGGUUGAAGUUUCCCUCAGUAAAUCUGGUCAAACAUUAUCCGAAGAUGAUGGUCAUCAUUUGAAAUAUGUUGUUUUCGAUGAUUAUGUUGUCAUUUAUAUUCGUGAUGUAAAGAAAAAUCUAGACGAAGGACAAUAUCAGAUACAGGUGAAAAAUGAUUCUGGUCAAGCAACGGCAUCGUUCCGCGUUGUGGUUACCGGAUUACCUGAUCAACCGACCGGACCAAUUGAAAUGGGUGAAAUUCAACGAAAUUCCAUACGAAUAUCAUGGCGUCCACCUAAAAAUGAUGGUGGUAAAAAAGUUACACAUUAUAUUGUUGAGCGUAAAGAACUGACAACAUUGAAUACAUGGAUAACUGCAACAAGUUGUUGUAGAGAAACUUAUUUUACGUUGCAAGGAUUGAAUGAAGGUGGUGAAUAUAUGUUCCGUGUGUUUGCAUGCAAUGAAAAUGGUCAAUCUGUGAAAGCGUUGGAAUCAGAAUCACCUGCCAUACCAAAAUUACCAUUCAAUCCACCUUCACGACCAGGUCAACCUGACGUGCAAUCAGUUGGUAGUGAUUUUGUCAAUCUAAGUUGGACAAAACCAGAAUCGGAUGGUGGUUCAAGAAUUCAAGGUUAUUUGGUUGAACGUUGUGAGACUGGAUCUCAACAUUGGCAACGUUGUAAUGUUGCACUUUGUCAUGCAACCCAGAUUAAUAUUGCCAAUUUGAUCGAAGAUCGUGAAUAUGAAUUCCGUGUGUUUGCUGUCAACGAAGCUGGUUUAUCCGAACCAUCAAGUAAUACACGACCAGUACGAGUAAAAGAUCCUGACCAAGCAAUCCCACCAGAAUUCAUUGAACCAUUACGUACAGUCAUGGCCAUAGAAAAUCGUUCAGCAGAAUUUCGUUGCACGGUUACAGGUGUACCGAAACCAACAAUUACCUGGUCAAAAGGUGUACGUGAAUUGUUUGAUGGUGGAAAAUUCACAUUGUUACGUGAUGGUGAUACCUACAUUUUGCGUAUCGAUAAUGUUUAUGGUGAAGAUGCAGAUGAAUAUUGUUGUAAAGCAAGCAACAAAGCUGGAACACGAAGUUCGCGUGCAGAAUUGUUGAUUAAGACAGCACCAAAAUUGCAUGUACCACCAAGAUUCCGUGAAGCAGCAUGUUUUGAACGUGGUGAAAAUAUUCAAUUGAAAAUCCCGUUUACUGGUUAUCCAAAACCAAAAAUCCGUUGGACAAAGGAUGGUGAAGAAAUUGAAAAAGGUGAUCAUUUUGAUUUGAUUGUCCAGGAACGACAUGCAAUCCUAGUGAUUCGAAAUACAUCCAAAGAAGAUAAUGGACCAUACCAGAUUCGUGCUGAAAAUGAAUUAGGUUCAGAUUCGGCCAUCAUUAAUGUAAUGAUAUCGGAUCGACCAGAUCCACCAAGAUUUCCAAUUAUUGAAUCAAUUGGUGAUGAUUUUGUUCAACUGACAUGGAAAGCACCGCUAUGGAAUGGUGGUUCGCAAAUUACAAAUUAUGUAAUUGAAAAACGUGAAGCCGGUAUGACAAGUUGGAUGAAAGCAGCAACAACCCGCUUUCAACUACAUCAAAUAACCCAGCUAAGUCCAGGUAAAGAAUAUGAAUUCCGUGUAUUUGCGGAAAAUGUUUACGGCCGUUCAGAACCAUCGGAAACGACGCAGAAAGUUUCGGUAAAAGGUGAACAAUUAAAACGACAAAAACGUACUGGAUGGGAAUUGGAUGCUCAAGGCAACAAGAUUCGUGGUCGUGGUGAUCGUCAAUCAAAUUAUGAUCAAUUUGUAUCGGAUUAUGAUUCAACAUCAUGGGCAAUGCCAGUGGAAAUCAAAACCAACGAAUCCGUUUAUGAUUAUUAUGAUAUUCUGGAAGAAAUCGGUGUCGGUGCAUUCGGAGUUGUUCAUAGAUGUCGCGAACGAAAAACUGGUCGGAUAUUUGCAGCGAAAUUCAUUCCGGUAUCACAUCCGUUGGAAAAAUCCAUAAUACGAAAAGAAAUUGAUAUUAUGAAUCAAUUGCAUCAUUCACGAUUGAUUCGUUUGAAUGAUGCAUUCGAAGAAGACGAUGAAAUGAUUUUGAUUUAUGAAUUCAUGUCCGGUGGAGAACUGUUUGAACGUAUUACCGAUGAUAAUUAUACAAUGACCGAAGCUGAAGCAGCAAAUUACAUGCGACAAAUUAUCGAAGGAAUCCGACAUAUGCAUGAAAAGAAUAUUAUACAUCUCGAUAUUAAACCAGAGAAUAUUAUGUGUCAAAAACGUAGCGAUAACCGAGUCAAGAUUAUUGAUUUUGGUUUGGCAACUAAAUUGGAUCCACAUGAAGUGGUAAAAAUAUCAACCGGAACAGCAGAAUUUGCUGCACCCGAGAUUGUCGAUCGAGAACCAGUUGGAACGUAUACUGAUAUGUGGGCUUGCGGUGUACUAACGUAUGUGCUGCUUAGUGGCUUGACUCCAUUUGCCGGUGAUAAUGAUAUCGAAACAUUGAAAAAUAUUAAAGCAUGUCAUUGGGAAUUUGACCGAGAUGCAUUUGCGAAUAUAUCCGAAGCGGGAAAAGAUUUCAUCAGUCGUUUGUUAACAAAAGCCAAAGAAUCACGUAUGACUGCACAUGAAUGUUUGGAACAUCCAUGGCUAAAACAAUCGGACAUACCCGGUACGGAUACAAUAUCUUCACGUAAAUAUCAAGAUAUACGUGAUCGAACACGUGCUAAAUAUCCAACAUGGGACCGAGCAUUAGUCCCAAUAGGUCAUAUCGCAAAUUAUAGUUCAUUGCGUAAACUUCAAGAUGAAAAAUAUCGUCUGCAUGAUGUUCUAUUGGAUCGUCGUGAAAUGUUACCCCGUUUUGUACUGAAACCACAAUCAACAAUCGCUUAUGAAGGACAAUCAGCAAGAUUUUUAUGUCGUGUUAUUGCAGCAGCACCACCAACAUUAUCAUGGUAUCGGGAAGGAAUGGAACUGCGACAAUCGGUAAAAUUCAUGAAACGUUAUGCGGAAAAUGAUUAUCAAUUUGUAAUUAAUCGUUGUCGUUUGGAUGAUCGUGGUGAAUAUAUUAUCCGAGCCGAAAAUCAUUAUGGAUCUCGGGAGGAACCAGUUUUUCUAAAUGUUUUGCCCGUACCGCAUGAAGAAUUUAAACCACCAAUAACCGAAACGGAACCAAUUAGACGUCGUCGACAAGAACCACCACGAAUGUUAUUAGACGAACCGAAUGAUUCGGCUCCACAUUUUACAUUUUUGUUACGUACACGUAUCAUUCAAAUGGGUAUUGGUGUUCGGUUACUGUGUUGUUUGAAUGGAAAACCAUGGCCCCAAAUCAAAUGGUUAAAAGAUGGUCGUGAAUUAUCGAAAACAGAUUAUACAAUGAAAUCUGCGGAUGGUGUUGUCACAUUGGAUAUUGUAUCCUGUCGUAUGGAAGAUGCGGGUAAAUAUACUUGCAUUGCGACCAAUUCAUUGGGUACGGCCGAAACAUCUUGUGCAUUGGUUGUCGAACCUAAACGUAUCGUAUCAUCACCAUCACCAUUAUGUCUGUCACCAAGAUCUGGCACACCUAUACCUGGCCUAACCAGUUCGUCGGUUAUGUCACCGAUGGAAGCCUAUUAUAAAGAAGGUGGUGCAUCAACUACAAUACGUAAUUCGAUGCGUGAAGCACGUGCAUCCAGUAUGUAUACAAGUCGUCGUAAAGAUUCUCUUUCCGAAUAUUCAUCGACAUCUGGAAGUUCGGCAUACCGUACUACGUAUCAUCAUCAAUCAUCGAUAACAUCAUCCCGUGAUCGUUAUGUUUCAACAACUCGAACAUCAUCAUAUGAUAAACAUGAUAGUCUUUCAAGGUUACGGUCACAAUCACCAACAUCGUAUCAUCAUCAAUCAUCAAUACGUUCACCAAUACGUUCAUCUUAUCUAAGUGGACGACAAUCACCAUCAUUACCAACAACAUAUAUGCCACCAUCAAGUACAUCAUCGUAUCGAUCAUCAACACCGGUUACUACAAGCCGUUUACCGAGCUCUGCUUCAAGAUAUACGCCUGGCGUAUCCUCAUCAUCUGCAUCCCGUCCUCGAAAGUCGAUAGCAACAAUCGAUAAUAAUUUUAGUCAACCAUCUUUCGUUACAAAAUUAACUGAUCGUAAGAUCGGUGAUGGCGAACAAUUAAAAUUACAACUUGAAGUGAAAGGUGAACCUGAACCAAAAAUCGAAUGGUUUAAGGAUGGCCGACGAUUACAAUCAUCAGAUGUUGUUGAUUUAAAAUAUCGUAACCGUAUGGCAACAUUGAUUAUUGAAGAAGCAUUCCCUGAAGAUGAAGGUCAAUAUGAAUGCGUUGCAAGUAAUUCGGAAGGUACAUCGCGAACAAAAUGUUUUAUUCAAAUCAAACCAAUGGAUAAAGCAAAAACAGCCAAACCAAGUUCAUCAACGGCCAAGAAAGCGCCAAGAAUUGUUCAACAUAUUCAAUCGAUAACGGUAAACGAUGGACAAACAGCAACAUUACGUUGCAACAUUAAAUGCGAAUCACCAUUCGAUGUUAUAUGGUUACAUAAUGGUAAAGAAGUGAAACAAAGCAAAGAUUUCAAUAUACGUCAGUCUGGCGAUAAUUUUGAAUUGGAAAUUGCCGAAUGUUUACCCGAAGAUUCUGGUACUUAUACAUGUGAAGCAUUCAAUGAUUCGGGUGAAACAUUUUCAACUGGAACUAUUCUGGUUAAAGUUCCAAGCGAUGAUCAACAAGGAUGUGGUAUCGUAGAGUUUCCACGUUCAAUAACCAGUAUGAUUGGUAAUAAAGCAACAUUUCAAAUUGAAACCGAUACAGAUAUCGAUAAAGUUGAAUGGUUACAUGAUUCACGGCCAAUUGAUCAAGAUUUACAAACACAAUCAGAAUCACCGAAACAAUUUAAAUUGAUUGUAUCAAGUAUCCGCGAGAAAGAUAUUGGUCAAUAUACGGUACGAUUAACGGAUAAAAAAGCCCGAACAACAAACUUAGCAUUUGCAUUGGUUAUUAUCAAAGAAUAAUCGUUUGACGCUUACGUUUAUCGUUUUAAAUUUUUAUACGCAAAUUUCAAACACUAGAUUAUUAAUUAAGGCACACUGAUUUCAAAUCGAAACAAAAGAAAAUCUAAAAGAAAGGCACUUACACACACUCACUCGCACACACACACACACUGAAUCGCAUAUUAUAUAAUAAAAUUUAAUUUAUUUCAAAA